GCCACAGCCCAAGGGACCCUCAGGGCGGCGUCUGUCGUGACAGAAACUGCUCGUGGUGGCUCUUUGGUGGUGGAAGGGCUGUGCAGUGGAGUUAUCAGCAGGCAGCUUCUAAGGUGUCAUCCUGGGACUUCAGGAACAAACUUUCAAAAGACACAAAGAAUUAACCUGUUGAGAGCUUUAAGCUUUAACAGUGCUGGGUUUGGGCUGAAAGAAGUUAAAUGAAGCCCUCUGCCUACAUCCUGCCAAGGCAGAGUCCCCCUUGAUGUGGAUCUGUACUAAAAUCUUGGAACUCAAAGAGAGAGAGAGAGAUUUUAACUUCUGUUGGGGACCUACAUGAUUCAAGUAGGUGUUGGGAGAGCAGUUACCUGUAGAUGUGUUUGGUACCACAUGUGCUCUUUGUUUUAGCCCUCGAAAGGUCAGAGGAGCUCGAGGUGCCCAGGCAGGGAGGGCACAGGAACCAAACCCUCUGUGACAGACCAGCCCAGUGAGGUCCCAGCUCUGCGUGACCUCUGGGGGAUCUCUGAGGAUGGGCUGUCCCGGGAGGUGUCUGGCUUGGAUGGCUGCCUGCAGAUGGAUGAUUGGCAGUGCUGGGGAAAAGAAGUUCCUCAGCUGGGGCUGCAUCAGUGACUGUCUCCUAAAAAUGAAAACCAAACCCAGAAUGGUCCAAAAGGCCCUAAAAGGCAUCAAGAAUUACAAAUAGGGAUUGAGCACUAACGAGAGAAUAUCUUAAUUAGAUCUCACAACCUGUAGAGGAACACAUUCGAUUAAAAUGAAACUGAGCUUUGUGCUCUGAGGGUUUCAGUGCGAGAAUGGGAGAGGAAUUAUUCACAUUUGCAAUUUGUGAGGCUGGAUUGCUUUUUCUCUGAAUUUGUCUUUUUAACUUUUUACCUUGUCAGAAAAUUAUGAAAAGCUACUGGGAUGAUGUAUUUGGGGUAGUUCUUCUCACAGCACGUGGCAGAGGCAUUUCCAUGGUUUCAGAAACAUGGGCAGAGUUUCCCAUUUAAUCCUCUCCUUCCAGGUUAACUCCUUUCCUGCUGCGGUGUCCAGCCUGGCCCCCACCCACCAACCUGCUCUUGACUUCACCACCAGCGAUAUUUUCUCUUGGUGAAUUUCUAUCAAUAUUUAAUACAGCGGUGUCAGUUUUGCUGUAAGAUGAGAGCAACUACUAGAAACCUUGAAUUAUACAUCAUGCGGCGGGGGAGGCUGGAAGUGUCUUCUUUUGGACCCAGAGCUCUCGGGGCUGAUCUCCAGGACCUGCAGCUUGCGGUCCCAGUGAUGGAUGAGCCCCAGAUGAAACCCGGCCACCGGCACGAGGGCCGGCCCCGCAAGGUGAGGUUCAAGAUCUGCUCGGCCUACAGCGGCCGCGUGCUGAAGCAGGUCUACGAGGACGGGCAGGAGCUGGAGCCCCCGGCCAAGGAGCACUCGCGGCGCUUCCUGCGCCACAGCUUCGAGCCAGAGGAGCCCCUCUGCGCGCCCGGAGAGCUGCCCCGGGGCAGCUGCUGCUGGCCCACGGGGGAGGGACCAGGUCAGCCAAACACUGGCAACUUCCUUCUUCAGACUUCCCCAGUUGUAGAUUUUGGCAAGAUCAUCAUCUACACCAAUAACCUGAAAAUCGUGCGUGCACCGAUGGACCAGAAAGAGCUCAUGAGAAGAAUCAUCCAGACUGAGGGAAUAAAUGACUGGACGUUCGUGUACCGGGAGAAGAAAGAACGACUUAGUGGUGGAUAUAAAAGAGAUGUGGAGAAUAAGGUCGCUUGCAACCAGCAUCUUCAGGAGGGCGAUGCUGAGCACGGCUGCUCCCAGUGCAAGGGCUCGGGCUGCGCUCCCUGCUCGCUGUGCCACGGCAGCAAGUUCUCGAUGCUGGCGAACCGAUUCCGGGAGUCCUACCGGGCGCUGCGCUGUCCGGCGUGCGACGAGAGCGGGCUGCAGCCGUGCCGGGUGUGCGCGGCCUGA